AUGCGGUUCGACACCGCAACACUCGCCCUGACGGCACUGUCCCUCUUGACACCACCAGUCACCGGCGGCUUCAUCCCCCGCCGCCGGGUGAACCCCAUCGUAGAAGGGCAGAUCCACGGCCGGCACAACUUUGCCGACGGGUCCCGCGGCGACGCCGCCGCGCGGGCGCUGCUCGAGCGCGCGACCCCGGAGCACGAGCGCCUCGCCCGUGUCCCCGGCGCGCACAAGCCGGGCCGCCGCAUUGACCACGACUACACGGUGGACCAGAAGUCCCGGGCGAACCCGCUGAUCGACUCGGACCCGACCUACGAGAUCAGCUACCUGUCCAAGAGCGACGACGACGUCGUGUACGACGACGAGCAGCCCGGCGGGGACCUGCGCAGGCGCAACCCCUUCGAGGCGAGCUGCUUCGACGUCCCUACCUUCGCGCUCAACGGCAUCCUGGGCAUGUACCCGCCCGGGGAGAAGUGCACGCACGUGAGGGCCGGGGAGAGGACGGUGGCGAUCACGUGCUACCACGCGGCUGAUGGGGCGGAUGACGAUGAUGGGUUUGGCAUGAUGAGUGCGGGAGGGAGGAGGGAUAAGAGGUCCGCGGAGGAGAUGCACGAGGAGAGGAAGCUGCAGUUCUUGUCGCUGUGCGAUACGUCUACCCGGCCGGAACUGAUGGUGAACUGA